GGCCGAGACUGCACCAGACCCCUCUGCAACGACUCUGCAGCUAUGGAACAAAGAAUAUCUGAACCAAACUGAAACUCUCUCUCUCUCUAACUGUGUACACGUCGGCCUGGCUCACGAGCAAUGGCGUGCAUUACACCCCCUAGCAUUAAUGAGAUUUGCUACUUUUCCACUUGGCCCUCCGUUACCCCUCUCUACCACUCACAGUCUAGGAUCCAGAAAUUCAACCACCAACACCACUGUUUUAGGGUUAGGGUUUUUGUAUCCCGCCUUCUACGCUACUGGUGCAGAUUCCCUCAUUCUCGAAGCGCUCGAGGAGUGGGAAUAUUUCUUCUCUGUAUAGUGGCCUUAUGUUCUUUCGUAUCCAGAGAUGACGGAUGGGCGGCGGCAUUCUUUGGACAUUCCUAUCUCAAGGACUCUUGUAGCACUGAGGAGAGUGAGGUCACUGAGGGAUCCAUCUACUAAUUCUAUGGGCAAAUUAUCUGCUUUGGUUGACACUGUGAACUGGGAGACUGAUUCAAGUAAUGGGAUUUCUUUGCGGUUCAAGAAUGAUUUCCAAGAAGGUGGCUCCAAUGGUGAUGCUGGGAGAUCAAAGAAUUUAGGUUUAUAUGGACUUAGAGAGGAUUAUGUUGAUGAUUUUGAACUAAAUUGUGGUGUGGAAAAAUGCAAGUUGAGCUCAUGUAAGGAUUUGGGUUUGGUUGGAAAGAAAAGCCAUCCUGGUAGGACCACACAGGUUGAAGGGUUGGACUAUUGUGCAUCAACUCAGGGAGAGGCUUAUGAAAGCAAACCAUUCAGUGACAGCUAUUGUGAAAAUCUUGGGGGUGUUGGAUUUGAAUUGACAUGCAUCACACCCUCCAACAAUCAUUUGGAGGAUGUUGAUUCAUGUAAUGAGCCGACCAUGGGACCAGCACGAGCUGAGCACAUAGAUCAAAUUGUGUCUACAAGAAAAUUGCGAUACAAAAAUCAUGUGAAAUCAUCUGGGGCACUGGGUGAUGUUCUGAGCUAUGUAGGAAGUCCAUGUGCAUCAAUAAAUGAUGCUGUUUCAGGCCAUGGUGCACCAUUAUCGGCAAAUGAGGAAGAGGAGGAUGUAGGUCACAGUCACCAUGGGUGUGGUAUAAGCUGCUGCUGGUCAAGGACUUCUAAAUUUGGAGAGUCAUAUCCUCCUUCUGAUACAGAAGAACGUCCCUUGGUAUCUGGGGAAGUAGAUGGCCCUGCAUUUUAUAAGCGUAGGAGCUUGAAACAUAUUAGUAAUGAAAUUACUCCAUACUCAGAAACUCCUAGGUGUUUGAGUCAGAAAUUCAGGCCAAAAUCUUUUAGUGAAUUGGUCGGACAAAAUUUAGUGGCAAAGUCUCUGUUGGGUGCCAUCUGUAAAGGAAGGAUAGCGUCAUUAUAUCUCUUCCAUGGUCCCCGUGGUACAGGCAAGACCUCUGCUUCAAGGAUAUUUGCAGCAGCACUGAAUUGCGUUUCACUUGAGGGGUAUAGGCCAUGUGGUUUGUGCCGAGAAUGUGUUUUGUUCUUUUCUGGAAGGUGCAGGGAUGUUAAGGAAGUGGAUUCUGUGAGAAUUAAUCGGAUGGAAAGGGUGAGAUCCCUUAUUAAGAAUGCACGCAUUCCUCCGGUUUCCUUGCGGUUCAAGGUUUUCAUUGUUGAUGAAUGCCAAUUGUUGCGGGGGGAAACAUGGGCAACUGUUUUGAAUAGCCUAGAUAGCCUUUCUCGACACGUUGUCUUUGUAAUGAUCACUCCUGACCUGGAUAAGGUGCCCCGAAGUGCAGUGUCACGGUCACAAAGAUAUCACUUUCCAAUGAUAAAAGAAGUGGACAUUGCAAACAGAUUGCAGAAAAUUUGCACCCAAGAGGGACUUGACUUUGAUCAGGCUGCUUUAGAAUUUGUUGCCUCUAAAUCAAAUGGUUCGCUUAGGGAUGCGGAGAUGAUGCUUGAUCAGCUAAGUUUGCUCGGUAAAACGAUCACAAUGACCUUGGCCCACGAGCUUAUUGGGAUUGUUUCUGAUGAUGAUUUGCUUGAUUUGCUGGAUUUGGCUUUGUCAUCUGACACUUCAAACACUGUAAUAAAGGCCAGGGAACUCAUGAGAUCAAGGAUUGAUCCUAUGCAACUUAUAUCACAGCUAGCGAAUCUCAUUAUGGACAUUCUUGCGGGUAAAUGUCAGGAAGGUAGCUCUGAAGUCAGGAGAAAGUUCUCUAUUAUGCAUACCUCUGAAGUGGACACGCAGAAACUGAGUCAUGCAUUAAAGAUACUUUCUGAAACAGAGAAGCAAUUUAGGAUGUCUAAGAAUCAAACAACAUGGCUCACUGUAGCUCUUCUACAGUUAAGCUCUGUGGAGUCUUCUUCUGUGAAUGCCAAUGACUCAAAGUUUUGUUUAAAAGAAACACAGCACCAAGAUGGUGGUUUUUGCAGUCUGUCUGCCACAGGGGAAGGCUCAAAAAAUCUUGAAACAUGUUCGUUUGAGGGCUAUAAACUGCAUAAAUUGGGAAUACAGGAGGAUUGUGAAGGAACAUUGGAAUCCAUUUGGAAGAAAACUACAGACUUGUGCCAAUCCAAUUCGCUCAAGAACAUUCUAAAGAAUCAUGGGAAGCUGUCGUCUCUUCGUUUUAAUGAAGGUCUUGCAGUAGUUGAAUUGCAAUUCCAGCAUCCUGACUAUGCAUCCAAGGCCGAAAAGUCAUGGAAACAGAUUGCAAGUUCACUUCAGUCUAUUCUUGGUUGUAAUGUAGAAAUUAGGAUCAACAUUGCACAUUGUGUUUCUUAUCCAAAGCACAGAAAGGUGAGGAAGCAAUCUUUCAGUUUGUUUAAUUGUUCUCGUAGAAUGCAGCGGAAGUCACAUUCAUCCAACGAGUGUGGAAGUGAUUCAGACCUUUCUGAGCACACAUCCGAAAAAGCUAUGAUAAGAGAUAGACCCAAUUUAAAUUCUACCUCGAGUGGGGAUUCUCAAAAGCAACAUAAAUACCAUGAUAGAGUGGAGGUCAUGAGCACCUUGAGAAAUAAUGAAGGAAAUGUGCUGAGCACUGGGACGGCCUUAACCCACAGGUCAUUAGAGAAUGAUAUGCCAAAGAUGCCUAUGUUAGGAGUCAAGUCUUCAACUGAAGAGGGAAGCAACCGUGGAAGUCAGGAUUUAUCUAUUCACAAACCAGGGGAUCAGCCAAACUGUUUCCCAAGAAAACUAAGGUUUCAAAAGAAAUUGCGUUCCUCAGACGAUUCUCAGACGAUUCUUCCUAGUAUCGAAAAAGGAAACAAGCUAGCAUUUUCUAUCCCUCAGACAUCAUCUUUUGAAACUUAUAUAUCUGCCCAGGGUCCUUAUGUUUUCUGCAGCAGCUCUAACAACCAUGCUAGCAGCUCUAGAGAUGACAAUGGACUGAGGGAGAAUGCCGAUGUGCUAUGUUGGAGAACACCGACAUUUCUUCAAAAGAAGGAGUUGCAUCCAAGGCAUCCACGAGAAGGGUCCAACAUGGUCGGGUGGGUUCUUCCCUGUGCUGCCGCUAAGUAGUUCUGCUAUAUAUAGGACAAGAUCGCAGUAGUCUUUGAUGGCUGCAUUGGAGCCUCUUGGACAUGAAUAUAUUGCCCUUUUUUCAAGUGUAUGCUGCAAAAUCUUCUUCUAUAUAUUGUAAAUGCCUCACUUCUGGAGCAGCAAGCCAAAUAUGUUUAUCAACAAAUUACAGGAGAUGGAGUUGCAACCUAUAAUGUAAAGUAAAACCCAACAAAGGUAAGUAGGUUUUGAUGGUGCCCCAACGCCACCACCACCACCUUUACCAUGUUGACACUGAAAACAAUGAGAGUGUGCAACUAUCUUUAGUUUUUUUUUUUUUAUCAGCAAAA